AUGGUGUUCAUCGACUUAGAGAAGGCUUACGAUAAAGUGCUGAGGGAGGUACUGUGGAGAUGUUUGGAGGCUAGAGGCGUUCCAGUUGCAUACAUUAGGGCUAUUAAGGACAUGUACGAGGGUGCUAAGACUCGGACUCAUUGUCGUGUUAACAAAAGGUUGGAGGUAUGGAGACAGACCUUGGAGUCUAAAGGUGUCAAGUUGAACAAGACCAAAAUAGAAUACUUGGAGUGCAAGUUCAGUGGUGCUACUCUGGAAGAUGACGAAGACGAGAGGCUCGAUUCACAAGACAUCCCUAAGAGAGAGUUUCAAAUGUCGCAAUUGCAACACCGGGUUCGCAAUGGCGAAGAAAACCUCACAAAUGCGGCAACUGUCAAGCCCAGGAGAUGUCGCAAUUGCGACGCAGACCUUGCAAACGCGAAGUCUACCCUCCUCGCAAAUGCGACCAUAUGGUCGCCAUUGUGA